AUGAGGACGACCCGCGCCAAACCGGGCUUCCUGCGCGUGCUCUCCUUGUCCUGUUUCAUCUACCUCCUCUGGUCCGCGUGCACCGGAGUCGUGGCCGACCGCCGGGUGGCCUCCCACCAGCCCACGCUGAAGCGCAGCCGUCGGAGUUACCAGAGCGCCAAGCACAAAGGCGCGCACCACCGGCCGCUGACGGACGAGCAGAAAGCGGACCAGAACCUGCAGUUCAUGCUCAGCCUGUACCGUAGUGCCGCCGAGCCGGACGGGCGGCCCAAACAGCACCGCAAGUUCGGAUCCAACACCGUGCGCCUGCUCAAGCCCUGCGCGUCCUCGGUGCACUACCUGCCCGCUUCUGGAGAUCACUGCUACACCUUCACUGUGCAGUAUAACCUUGACACUCUUCCCUCGGAGCAGCUGGUCAGAGCGUCCUUCAUCCACCUGCGCUCCUCCCCUUCCUCUUCCCCGGGCCUUCCCAGCGCCGCCCAGGCUGCCGAGCCACCCCGCUGCAGGGCUCAGAUCACCUCGCUGGGCGCCAAGACCCUGGUCACCCUGGAGCCCCACGAGCAGUGGACGGAGACAGACAUCACGGCACACAUCAGCGGCCACUUCCUGCAGGGGAAAGGCGGCGGCGACGAGGCGGGCCACUUGACGCUCACCGCCCAGUACUGGUGCGCAGACGCCGAACACCCGGCCGCCGCCGCCGCCGACGACGGCCGGCCGUGGUGGCUGCCCCGCCUCGCUGGGAGAAAGCAGUGGAGCGGCGAGCCCCACCUGGAACUCCCGUCUCUUCUGCUGUACCUGGAGGAGGACAGGGAGGUGAAGGACUGGAUGGGGGACCUGCUCGGGGCCGAGGGGGAAAGCAUCAUGAUGCAGAUCGGGCGGUGGCACCCGUCGGCCCGCCGCCGCCGCUCCCAAGACUCCACGUCUCCGGAGCCGAAAGAUUCCUCAUUGGACGCUCUGAAGAACGCGCCGUCCUCCUCCUCGUCCUUCUCCACCUCCCACUCCGCCUCCAUCAUCUCCGACAUCCCCGCCCUCAAGCACAAGGCCGGCGCGCCCAAGAACCGCUGCAAGCUGCACUCCUUCCGCCUGUCCUUCGACGAGCUGGGCUGGGGCCACUACUUCAUCGCCCCGCCGGUGUACAACCCCCGCUUCUGCCAGGGCGACUGCCCCAGGGUGCUCCACUACGGCUACCACUCCCCCAACCACGCCAUCAUCCAGACGGCCAUCAACGACCUGGGCCUGGGCGACGUCCCCCCGCCGUCCUGCGUGCCCUACAAGUACAUGCCCAUGAGCGUGCUGGUGGUGCACAAGAAGAAGGUGGAGUACCGGGAGCUGGAGGACAUGGUGGCGGAGUCCUGCACGUGCCGCUAG